CCGCUGCCCGACAGCGCCGCGCGGCCCGGCCCGAGGAUGCGGGAAGGGUCGGCGCUGCCCGGCGCCCCCGGUGCCGCCCCGGUGCCCGGCUUCCUGGCCAAGCUCUGGGCGCUCGUGGAGGACCCGCAGAGCGACGACGUCAUCUGCUGGAGCAGGAAUGGUGAGAACUUCUGCAUUCUGGAUGAGCAGAGGUUUGCCAAGGAGCUACUCCCCAAGUACUUCAAGCACAACAAUAUCUCCAGCUUCAUACGACAGCUCAACAUGUAUGGUUUCAGGAAGGUGAUUGCUCUGGAGAAUGGCAUGAUUACAGCAGAGAAAAGCUCGGUCAUUGAGUUCCAGCACCCUUUCUUCAAGCAAGGGAAGGCACAUUUACUGGAAAACAUCAAGCGCAAGGUAUCUGCAGUAAGAACAGAGGAUCUCAAGGUCUGUACAGAGGAUUUGCACAAAGUACUUUCUGAAGUCCAGGAAAUGAGAGAGCAGCAGAACAACAUGGACGUCAGACUGGCUAACAUGAAGAGAGAAAAUAAGGCCCUGUGGAAAGAAGUGGCAGUUCUAAGGCAGAAGCACAGUCAACAACAGAAGCUGCUGUCUAAGAUUCUUCAAUUCAUACUAAGUUUGAUGCGAGGAAAUUACAUUGUUGGUGUCAAAAGAAAAAGGUCUCUGACAGAUGCUGCAGGUGCUUCACCUUCCAAAUACAGUCGUCAGUAUGUUCGCCUGCCCGUGGAGAGCGGCCAAACAAUGGCUUUUUCUGAACAUAAUGCAGAUGAUGAGGAUGGAAAUGGUACAGGUCUCAUCAUUCGAGAUAUCACCGAUACCCUGGAAAAUGCCACCGAUGGUCUCCUUGCUGUGGCACACACAAGUGGCAGAGCCAGAGAGAUGCAGGCAGCUGUGGAUCCUGGCUUACCUAUUUGUCCAGUAUCGCAGCCAAAUGAGUUAAAUUGUGCAGAACCUAUCCCACCAGUUCAUGUAAGUGAUGUCAACAAAUCCAGUGAAAUAGGAAAUGCUGCUGUGGAACUCCAUACUGCACAACCUAAUACUCCAGAAGACCCUGUGUCAGUGAUUGACUCCAUCUUGAAUGAGAACAACUCUGGAAACCAAAAUGAUCCUCUGCUGGACAGAGAAGAAAUUCAGGAUUUUCUCAAUUGCAUUGAUGCCAGCCUUGAAGAGCUGCAAGCAAUGCUGUCUGGGAAGCAGUAUAACUUUGGCUCUGAAGCUUUCAGCGAUACAUUUAAUCCUGAGCUGCCAGCCCUAGAUAUGAGCUUGAUGGAGACUUCUCCUGGUAUGGAAAAUAUUGCAAACUUGGCAGAGACCACUGAAGAUCUGGGAGUGAGUGAGAGAGACACCACAGGAAGCAAAGAUAUGCAGCUGAUACAGUACAGGGCCAAUCCUCUGCUUUCAUUGUUUGAAGAACUACCUUCAAGUGAAGCUGUGGGGAAGGUGGAGGAUCCAAAGGACCUUCUGCUGCCAGCCCUGGAGGAGAAGCCUGAUCUGCACCCUCCAUCAGGCAGUGGAGCUGUGGUGCCACUGGCAGCUCCGGCAAGCCAGGCUGAGCCUCUGGAUGCUCUGGGAAUGGGCGAUGCGCCUCUCCUCUCAGAAGACGGGAAUGGAGAGUAUAAACUGUUUCCACUCUUGCUUCUCAGUCCUGUGGCUAACUUCAUAGAAGAGGCCUCUGAGAUAGAAACUUCCUGAACUCACCUAACAUCUAUAACUGGCUUAGUGAUGGUGAAACAGACAACAAAGAAAUGGAUCAGCAAGAAGCUUGACCUCUCUCCCCACCUGCUUUCUGGGUGUCAUUGUACAGACAAAAGAAAGCUCUCUUUCCGUAAGCAAAGAGUACACCUCAGAAAACUGAAAGCAAGCUCAGGAUGAGAGCUGGUGGGAGUGAAGGCACUGGUGGAGGGGAAGAGCAACCUCCCUGUGCACACACCACAGCGUGUGCCCUAACUUUUUAUCCAAUAUCCUUAUUGCAAGAGGAAAUCUGUUUGUAUCCUGUUUGUAAAGUUUGGAUGGUUUGGGUUUUUGGUGUAUUUUUUUCAUUAGCUGGAUAAUCAUGUGGUGUGUAGUAUCUUAAACAUGGGUUUUACUCUUUCUGAGAGCCUGUUUCAAUAGGUGGCUUGUCUACUGUUUGGAAUUCAGGUGUUUUUAAAUCCUGUUGUUUUUAAUUUGAGGUUUCCUUUUUGGUAGUUCGUGGCUCCAGUCGUUGGCAUCUGCUUCGAUCACUUUCGUACUCCUAGAUUUGCUCCUAGGUACAGGGAACGUUUUUCCUAUGGAAAAUUACAUUUUGACUGUGGAAUAUUACUUUUUAACAUGCUGACACACAUCCAUUGCCACGGGCUGUAGGUGUUGUGGUAGGAAGCACUCGCCACCCUGCGUAAUGCUGAUUUCUCAUGCACAUUGCAUGGCAGUUCUAGGGUAACUUGCACCUCGCUCACAGGUCACGUGUCCUCAGAAAUUUUGAGUCGAACUGUUGAGUCCAGCCAAGCCCAGCAGUUGCCUUUAAAAUGGGGGGAAGGGGAGUCAUGGGGUAACUUGCAUUGAGAUUUACAUUGUUUUCUCUUCUGCUUGUAGUAGCUGCUUGUUUACCUGACCCUAUGUGAACACUGGACUUCUUGCUGCCAUUUUCUGCCUUCUGGAAUCUCACAGAUAAAUGAACCAGAUGCAUUUGAAUCCUCUGACAGCAAAUUACACAAAAGUAGUGUCUGAUUAAUUAAAAAAUCUCUCCCCAAUGUUACUUUCUACACUGGUUUUCUGACUUCUUUAAGCAGCUGUAAUGGAGUAAUGGAGACAUCAGCUGCUGGUGUCAGUGGAGUGGCAGGUUCUGCUUCGCUGGUACCAGGUGUAUGGCAGUUGAGCACUAGCCCACACAAACUGAAAUCUGCAGCAGUGAUACAAAACUUGGGGCUAGAAGAAGCCUCGAGGCAAGUUGAAAACCUGUUGGAUAAUAGCACAUGAUAGCAGAGGUUGGACUGGAUGAGCUCAGAGGUCCCUUCCAACCCCCACCGUUCUGUGACUUCCUCCCAGAGCGAUUACUUGAAAUUUAUUUCACUUUUAGGAAUUGAGGCUACUUAGAGGCUUUAUCUCUGAAGUUUCCAAACUAGUAGGUUUUGAGUUCUUUUAUAUACAAGAAUCCAAGGUAAUUUGAUAUUCUGAAGCUUACUAGACACAAUGCAUGUCAUCUCUACUGGCCUGACAAUUGGAUUUGUGCUUUGCUGUCAAAUCUCUUGAGCUGCAGAGGAGGAUCUUGCUACUGAUCAUGCUACAUACUGAGUGUGUGUAUAUGUGUAAUGCCUUCAGUGUCCUUUUAUUCCCAGGCUCUUGUUAACUGUUCCUUACCUUGUGACCCUUCAUGUUUGUAUCUUAUGAAUUGCUUUUGUGAAGUACCUCUUAUUCUAGCCUUUUCUGGCCUUUCUUUUGCUUACUUCUUGAGACAAAGGGCUGGACAGCCUCAAGUUUUUGUGAGCAAAAGGGAGAGGGGCAAAUGGGUGGAUUGCAUAUCUGUCUUGGGUUCUGUUUGGUUUUUUAGCUUCUUCCCAAAGGCCUCAAUUUUGCAAAGAGUGGAACAGAAACCCAGACUUUUCUUCUGAGCUCUUUUGACAGCACAAUGCAGACAAUUAAAUUCUCUGAGAGGCUGAUCUUCUGUAACUCUUGUUUCCUGAACAGGUUAGACUGAAGUGUAGUUCCUGUUAUGGAUUACUGUCAUGUUCUUCCAUCAUGGAGUCCUCUGAUCUCUGUGCAUCUCACCAUCAGAUACUUGAUCUGAUUGCAUAGUAGUUUUUUAGUUCACCUUCUCUCUUAAGAAGUUAAGAAACCAAGGCUUAAGAAAAGUGCAAAUAAAAACUUGUGCAUCUGUGUCUGGUUUAUGUACUGGUCUAGGAAAAGUGUGUUUUUUGCAAGUUUCCUAAAAAAGAUUGCAAUGGAACGGGGGAGGCUGAAGAAAAACCCACAUUCUGAGGUAAUUAAACUCAAGAAUUGCAAAACCA